AGAGUUGGAUGUCGUGGGCGGGAUGAGGUAUGAUCCUUGAAGCUCACGAGCUUCACGCAGUCAGGCAGGAGAUCGAAAUGGCGGCACCAGCAGAGAGGAUGGAGGUUUCUCAGGGGGAGAGCUCAGCCAAGCCUUCAGCCGAGGACAUGACAUCAAAGGAUUACUACUUUGACUCCUACGCCCACUUUGGCAUCCACGAGGAGAUGCUGAAGGAUGAAGUCCGUACCCUGACGUACCGUAACUCCAUGUUUCACAACAAACUGUUCAAAGAUAAGGUGGUGCUGGAUGUAGGCAGCGGGACGGGAAUCCUCUGCAUGUUUGCAGCUAAAGCCGGAGCCAAGAAGGUUAUAGGGAUCGAGUGCAGCAGCAUCUCAGACUACGCUGUGAAGAUCGUGAAGGCCAACAAGAUGGAUGAUGUUGUGACCAUCAUCAAGGGGAAGGUGGAGGAGGUGACUCUGCCUGUGGAGGGAGUAGACAUCAUCAUAUCGGAGUGGAUGGGUUACUGCCUCUUCUACGAGUCCAUGCUCAACACGGUCAUCUGCAGGGACAAGUGGCUGAAACCAGACGGACUCAUCUUCCCCGACAGGGCGACUCUUUACGUCACCGCCAUUGAAGACCGGCAGUACAAGGACUACAAAAUCCACUGGUGGGAGAACGUGUACGGAUUCGACAUGUCGUGCAUUAAGGAGGUGGCGAUAAAGGAGCCCCUGGUGGAUGUAGUCGACCCUAAACAGCUGGUCAGCAGCGCGUGUCUCAUCAAGGAGGUGGACAUCUACACGGUGAAGGCGGACGACCUCACCUUCACCUCGCCGUUCUGCCUGCAGGUGAAGAGGAACGACUACAUCCACGCUCUGGUCACUUACUUCAACAUCGAGUUCACUCGCUGCCACAAGAGGACCGGAUUCUCUACCAGCCCAGAGUCUCCUUACACUCACUGGAAGCAGACUGUGUUCUACCUGGAUGAUUACCUGACUGUGAAGACUGGAGAGGAGAUCUUUGGCACCAUCAGCAUGAAGCCUAACGUCAAGAACAACAGAGACCUGGACUUCACCGUCGACAUCGACUUCAAGGGUCAGCUGUGCGAGGUGUCCAAGACGUCAGAGUACCGGAUGCGCUAGUCUUCGUCUGUUCAGAGUCUGACGCUCGUCUGCAGCAACAUUUUAAAGACUCUUCUUCUUUUUCUCAUUUUCUCGUUCAAACAGUAUUUAAAGGUUUCACCUCCUCGGGGUCUAAGUACAUUGCCGUGGUGAUUCAUUGUACCGUAGUCUCUCAGCAGAGUGUGUGUCUGCUGUUUGAGUCUUCUUCUUCCGGGGUUUGUUUUGUUGGUUCUCGUCAUGAGCAUGUGUCCAUGUCAACAUGAACACAGCGGCCCUGUUCACACAUCUGCAGAGUCACUGUUCGCUCUCCUUAACCUUCCCCCUCCCCUCCUUAGAAAACACACACCCCUCCAACACACACUUUGUUAAACAUGAGUCUGUGUGCUCUGCUUCCUCAUCUGUUAGUGCUGUAGGUCUGCGAGUCUUUAGAUUCAUGUUUACUUUAAACCCCGCCUCCACCACGUGUACAAUUCAUAGACUCGAAGCUGUUCAGACCAGAACCAGCCGAGUGUGUGAAUGCAGUGCAGAGAUGUAGAGUUAUUACAGCAGCAGUGAGUCAAAUAGAGCUGCAAAAAUCUGCUGUGAUUCAUGCUCUUAAAGCCCCACCCCUAAUGUUACUUUUGAACGGCUGUAAAAAGUAGAAAUUAAACCUCGACUAAGAAUACGAGCUGUGAGAACUUAAAGGCUGAACAACACGAGCAGAAGGUCUUUUAUUUGUUCCAGACUUCUUCUUUGUGUUCUUCUGUCAAAGAUUCAAAGUCCAGUAACGCUGCCUGCACUGUGUCCUUAAAACAAGCUACACACUGACUCUACACACGGCUGGUUGACUGCAUGCUGACCUUCAUAGUGUGUAGUUUAAGCAUGUAGUAAAUGAAACACACACACAGCUUACUGUAACAAUUAAACAAAACCUCCUGCAGAGAUCCCCCCACACAUACACGUUACAUAAAUCCUGCAGCGGUGUGUGUGUCUCCUCCUGCACACUGUGAAAUGAACUGUAUUUGUGGUUAUGACUGUAAACCCGUUCAGAGUUGUCGUGUAGUCUGCAUUUGGAACGCGGUGCAUCAGAGACUCUGCACAUGCUCGGUUGAUCUCUGAGGUGUUGCUGCUGCGUCGUGCAUGAAGUCUGAGCUGCAGAAAUGUUCCCUCCAUCAGAUCCCGCUGCAGCCUGUAGUUCGAGUUAAAGGUGGACCUGAAGAGAAGGGGGUCUGGCUCUCGUGUGUGUCAGUGUACAGAAACAGUGUGUGUCUGUCUAAACAGUAGUAACCAUGUCGUCCUCUGCAGAGUCAGCUCCGUCUCACACCAUCUUAUUUUUCUUUUUUUUUGUAUUUUGUUUUGCCGCUGCUGCGUUUUUUUUAAUAAACUAAUAAACUGUAAAUGUAA